AUGUCACAACAUCAAGAUACAUCUGCUUCAAAAAAUACUAAGUCUACUCCAAAAGUUAGUGCUCCUCCCAUGGGCGUCCCUGAUGAUGAGAUUCUGGAUGUUGCUCCUCUCUCUGUUAUUCCUGGCGCGAACAUUGAUUUGAACCAACCCAUCUCCAUUGAUGCCUCCGCUUCUGCAUGUUCCAAUCAAGGUAAUCUCUCUAGUAUUCCUUCUAGUUCAACUCCUGUCACUAAGAAUAAGGAAGGAACACACUAUACUGAUCGUGUUAUAAGAGACCUAGUUACUAGAAUUCUUAAUGAAGGCCACCCUGUGAAGGGAGUUUCUACUCCCCUUGCUCAAAUGUAUCCCUCUCCUGAGGUUGAACAACCUAGUGGUAAGGGUGAUGAUUCCUCCAGUUCUGAAAAGGACUUGGUUGCUAAAGGGUUGCGCUCUCUAGGGAAAACCGUGUCUGAAAAAGGGAAAUCUAGGGCCUCUAACACUGCUAAUGCUCCCCACUCUGAGAAGCAUGAUGAUGUAAAUGUUGUGAUUGAUCUGGAGGAUGGUAGCUCUGAUGAUCAAGAGGAAAGCUUGACUCAUCACAUAAAACCAAGUGUGGCUAAACGCCUGAAGACUCACAAAGGAAAAUCUGUGGCUGAACUUAUGUCAGCUAGAAAAGCUAAGAAGACUGUCGGUAUUGGUCCCUCCAAAUCAUGGAGCAAGGUUGAAAUAAAGAAGAAGAAGGUCAGAGAUGAUUCUGAGCCUGAAGAGGAUGUUGAGGAAGAUGUCCCUGACAUCUCUCCUGCAAAGAAAACUAUUGUUAGGAAGUCUCCUAUUAAAGUACCUGCUGUUCAUUUGGAUAACAUCUCCUUCCAUCUUGAGGAUGAAGCUGCUAAGUGGAAAUUUGUGAUUCAGAGAAGGGUAGCUGUGGAAAGGGAAUUGGGAAAAGAUGCUGCUGAUGCCAAGGAGGUCAUAGACCUGAUAAAAGCUGAUGGGCUUUUAAAGACUGUUGUUGGGUUCUCUCAAUGCUACGAAGGUUUGGUAAAGGAAUUUAUUAUUAACAUCCCUGAGAAUAUUUCUAAUAAGAACGGCAAGGAGUUCUGCAAGGUGUAUGUGAGGGGUAAGUGCAUAACAUUCUCUCCUACUGUUAUUAAUAACUUUCUAGGCAGAAACAAUGAGGGUGCAGGAGAAUUAGAAGUUAUAGACAAUCAGCAUCUUCAAGCUGGGAAGUUGACUGUCAAGUAUGUUAUCCUGCAUAAAAUAGGAGCUGCUAACUGGGUCCCUACCAACCAUAUCUCCACCAUUGCUAAUACUCUUAGGAGGUUUGUUUUUGUUGUUGGGACAAAAGUGAAAUUUGACUAUGGUAGAUUUAUGUUUGAUCAAAUCAUCAAGCAUGCAACUACCAAUGCAGUUAAGUUGCCUAUUGCUUUUCCCUCUAUGAUCUGUGGAAUUAUCUUGAAUCAACAUCAUGGUAUCCUGUGCUCUAAUGACUUACCUAGUAGGAGAACACCAACUCUGUCUAUGCACUACAAACUCUUUGAAGGCAGUAAUGUCGAGGAUAUUGUCAUGACAUCUGCCAUGAAGAGGUCAGUCUCAAAAGUUGGAGCAAUUACUGAGCUUAAGGAGACAUGUAAAGAGCUAGGUGAAGGGAUUAUGGUAGCCACAGCUAGAAAACAAUCUUUAGAAGCCUUGAUUGCAAGCUUGGAGCAGGUUAAGGGUGAAAAUGUUGAACAUGCUAAUGUCAGCCAUGAAGAAGAAGUUGAAGCCCACACCUCUAGUGAGAGGUCGGCUAACAAUGAUGAUGCAAAUGGCAAUUCUGCUUCAAGUGCUGAUGAAGAGGUUGCAAACUCAAGCUCUACUGAUUAG